GGGAGAGCGAGAGAGGGUGCUGUUUACAUUGCGAGCAGACCUCAGAUUUACAGUCAUCCAGCUGCACCGCGGAGACAACAGCUGCCUCUAUUUAAAGGACAGUUUUUCCGUUUUGUUGUCACUUGCCAAUUUAGGCUUUACGCACAGUCAUGAUUUUGACGCACAGGUGAACUUACCUCACCUCAACGCACCCCGAUCAGAACUCAAAAAAGGAGAAAAGAAAAGUGUCCAGUUCACACUCUCCUCCUCCUCGUUUUUCCUUUUUUAAUUACUCGAAGUGAAGCAGGUCGUCAGAGUCAUGUCCAGGAAGAAGACAGCGAAAGGCAAAGGGAGCUCCAAGAGCCCCAAGGCAUCUCCGAGCAGCGGGAGGACGGGGAAAGGCUUGACCGCAGCUGCUGCUCCGUCCUCCGGGCUGGUCUAUCCCAGCAGACCAUCCAUCAGCAACAGCGGAGAGUUUUAUGACAUCGCCUUCAAGGUGAUGCUCGUGGGGGACUCAGGCGUGGGAAAGACUUGUCUGCUGGUUCGCUUCAAAGAUGGAGCCUUUCUGGCUGGGAGCUUCAUCUCCACCGUGGGCAUUGAUUUCAGGAAUAAAGUUAUGACCAUUGAUGCUGUGAAGGUCAAACUGCAGUCAGCUCUGCUGCUUCUGUACGACGUCACCAACAAAGCAUCCUUCGAUAACAUCAGGGCAUGGCUGACAGAGAUUCAUGAAUACGCCCAGCAGGAUGUGGUCGUCAUGCUGCUGGGCAACAAGGCUGACGUGACACAUGACAGGGUGGUGAAGCGAGAAGAGGGGGAGAAACUGGCAAAGGAAUUUGGAGUGCCGUUUAUGGAGACAAGUGCAAAAUCUGGACUGAAUGUCGAGCUGGCAUUCACUGCUGUGGCCAGGGAACUGAAGCACAGGACCAUGAAGGAACCCGAUGAGCCAAAGUUUCAGCUGCAGGAGUACGUCGACAAAGAAAUGAGGACCGCUGGCUGCUGCCGCUCAUAGACCACAUCCUACUUGUGUGCGUGUGUGUGCGUGUGUGUAUUUGUGCAAGAGAGAAAGACAGCAGGAGCACUCUCUUACACUAUGUAAUAAGUUUGAGUUGGUGUACCUGGAAAUGGCCUGAAAUUCUCAAUGUUUAUAUUUCUCUGCGGCCAAUACGCUCUCUCUCCCGACCCACCUUCCCUCUGCGACUGUGAAUGUAAUAUAAUUCCUGUCUCCAAGCUUGCACAUACACAUGCAUGUCUGCGCACAGACGCCAUGUUUGUAAUCCCGUUUAAUCCAUUCUGUGCCAGUUUCCAUGAGUGAUGUAAAUAUUUUAAAUGUAAUUCUAAUUUUGUGCUCUGGAAGCUUUGUUGUUUAUAGAUGCCUGUCUUAUUAAAAGAAACUCUACAGACGUAACAAGGCUGAAUAUUAAAUCAGUCUGACUAGAAUAACAGAAACCAAUUUGUACAAACCACCAUUGCACAUAAUGUAAGCUGUCAUUCUGCACUACAGUACAUGCUGUUUAUGUACAGGAUACCAUAUAAUAACGGUUUUAAUAACACUGAUGUGUCUGUGACCCACUCGAGCUAGCGACCUUUUGUACACCGUUUAAGUUUGAUGUUAGAACUGUGUGAUAUAUUUCUAACAUGAAUAAAUCUCCAGCGGUGAUAAAUGUAUACAACAACACAAUCAGCAAAGGACAGCAGACCUACAAUGGGACAUGUAUCUUCCUGAGAAAUGAUGGAGUUGUUCCAGAAAAAUCAUUUUCUAGAUGUUGAUCUGUUUUCAGGAAAUUAAAGAAAAGGACAAAUGCUUUUUGCAACAAAAAACAACCGCAUUUGUGUGAAGUCUGCUGUUAACCUGCAUAGCAAAAAAAAAACAUUACAAAAAACAGUUGAAUAUUGUGUGUGAAAAGCGUAUUUGCCAUCGCAUAUUUCUUCCCCGAACCUUGAACGGGACCUUACACAUAUAGUUUUGUGCAAAAGCCUUGAUGCACCACUCAAUUCUUUACAUUUUGUUAGGAAAAUGUGAAACAGCUGCAAUGAUUUAUUGAAAUGUGUGCAAAG